GGGUCUGGGCUAGCCGGAAGUGAAGUUGCUUGGUUGUUUUUCAGUCAGGCCUUGCAACUAGCAGGAGCUCAGGGCCCGUUCCAGAGAUGGUGGAAGGGCCAGGCUGUACUCUGAAUGCAGAGAAGAUUCGGGCGCGCGUGCUCCCAGGCCAAGCCGUGACUGGCGUGCAGGGACAAGCUCUGCAGAGCCUGGUGGGCCUUGCGUUGACCCCCGCAGCCUCUCUGGCUGAAGUCUCUUCCCAGGCUGCUACAAUGAAUACUAAAGAUCCUGGCUGGCAGUUUUUGAGAUUGUUUAAUGGAUACGUUUACAGUGGCGUGGAAACCUUGGGGAAGGAGCUGUUUAUGUACUUUGGCCCAAUAGCUUUACGGAUUCAUUUUGGGAUGAAAGGCUCCAUCUUGAUUAACCCAUGUGAGUCUGAAAACAGAGGUGGGGAUUCUCCAACUCUCCAAGUGCAGCUCACCAGUGACUUGAUCUGUUUCUUCGACUCUUCAGUGGAACUCAGGAAUUCAAUGGAAAGCAAACAGAGAAUAAGAAUGAUGGAAGAACUGGACGUGUGUUCACCGAAGUUCAGCUUCUCAAGAGCAGAAAGCGAAGUUAAAAAGCAGCAAGGUCGGAUGCUCUGCGAUGUGGUCCUGGAUCAGAAAGUGCUGCCUGGUGUAGGGAACAUCAUCAAAAAUGAAGCUCUCUUUGACAGUGGUCUCCAUCCAGCUGUUAAAGUGUGUCAGCUAUCAGAGGAGCAGAUCCACCACCUUGUGAAGAUGAUCCGCGAUUUCAGCAUUCUCUUUUAUAGGUGUUGUAAAGCAGGAUCUACCAUUUCUAAACACUAUACGGUUUAUCAGCGUCCCAACUGUGGCCGGUGCCACUGCAAAAUUACUGUGUGUCGCUUAGGGGAGAACAGCAGGAUGACAUAUUUCUGUCCUCACUGUCAGAAAGAAAACCCUCAGUCUGUUCAAAUAUGCAAACUGCCAACGAGAGAAGCUGUAAUCAGCUGGACUUCAAGGAGAAAAGACUACCUUAUGGACUCUGUGGCUAGGAAGUGUGAAGAACAGUGGUCCUGUGCGGUCUGUACCCUCAUAAAUAGACCCUCUGCUAAGGCCUGUGAUGCUUGCUUGACCGCAAGGCCUGUUGAUUCCGUGCUCAAGAAUGGAAAGAAUCCCAUUGACUUCAGCAAUUUAGUGAAGUACCCGUGUAAUAACUUUGAGAACACACAUACAGAAGUGAAGAUCAACCGGAAAACUGCAUUUGGAAGUACGACCCUUGUCUUGACUGAUUUCAGUAAUAAAUCCAGUGCUUUGGCCAGAAAGAAAAGCCCAAACCAGAUAAGAGGUGGGAAAUUUCCAAACCUUCCUCCUACAGAUGCAUGCUGUAGUGAUCUACAGUACCCCUCCAAAGAAGGAACAAAGUCUAUAACUCAGCCAUCCAACAAGGUAAACAUAUCGCCUACAGUGUGUGCCCAGUCUAAAUUAUUUAGUUCAACACAUAAAAAAUUGAAGACAGCUCACUCUUCAGAAGCAGACCUUAAACAUUACAACUCUGGACUUUCUAACAGUGAACUCCAAACCCGGACAGCGGAUGACGCUCCCUCUGUAAAUGCUGGCACCCCUCGGUGUAAGAAGCACCACCGCCCCUGUGUUCUCCGAGUUGUGAGGAAGAACGGAGAAAACAAGGGGAGGCAGUUUUAUGCCUGCCCUCUACCCAGAGAAGCACAGUGCGGAUUUUUUCAAUGGGCAGACUUAUCCUUCCCAUUGUGCAGACAUGGCAAGCGCUCCAUUAUGAGAACUGUGCUGAAGAUUGGACCUAAUAAUGGGAAGAAGUUUUUUGUAUGCCCUUUUGAAAAAGAAAAGCAGUGCAAUUUUUUCCAGUGGGCAGAAAGUGGACCGGGAGUGGAAAUCAUUCCAGGAUGUUAAUAUUUUCACUUUUUAAAGAAUGUCUGCCAUAUCAGUUUGUCAAACUCACAAUGUUCAGUCCCUGUUGUUUAGUAGAAAGCUUAUAGAAAGCCUAUGGCACAUAUGAGUUAAGAUGCUGUAGUAUCUGAGAAGUAUUGUUGGUUUAAAUGUCAUCUUCUCACUUCUUUGUCAUAAUGAACACAUUCAUUUCACCAGGUGGACAGUACAUUCCCUUUAAAGUGUCUAUUCAAUACG